AUGUCACGCCUCGAAUCACUAUCGCCACUGUCUCCUUUGAGCACCUACUUGAUACCGUCUAGCGCUGACGCCUACACGACAUUCGAGAACUUUCUUUCCGAUCGGCACUACUCCAUCACCGAGAGCCAAUCAGCAGACCCAUUCAGAUCAUCCUUCGACACAUCCACGUCCCCCCAAACCAGAACGAGCGCAAAAAUACGCCCAGGGACGUUCAUAGUCUUCGCACUAUCGACAGCAGCGCUCGCGCAAGAAUAUCCAGAGGACUCUGACAUAUACCGCAAAAUCUGCCAGUAUACUCCUGGGCGUUAUCUCGGACUUGUCACUUCAGCGUUCGUCCGAUGGAAUGAAGACGAUGACAGCACGGUCGAAGAAAUGAUCGUUCAUUUCGUAUCCAGAUAUGCGCCACAGCCCUCGGCGGUUGUAAAUCACUGCAUCCCCAUUUUUCCUGUCAGCAGCGAAGAACCGGUAGAUGCUUCUGCGCUCCAUACGAGCAUCUUGUUCCCGUGGAUUGGCUUCAAGCAGUGGACCACAUUCGGAGUUCGCAUUCGCGUCCAUCAGACAAACCCGUCUGCACUGGUAUUCGACCUUCGCGACCAAGAUUUCGAGUUCUUCGAGGAUAAGGCGGGAAAAGACUAUAGCCGAUUGGAGUCUCUCCAUGCGACAUUGGACGAUGAAGCCAAGAACAUGCUAGGAAGGCUUUUGGUGGCGCAGUUCGCUUUGCCAGCUGAGAUCUGGCUUGACAUUAGGAAUCAUCCGGACAUAAUGGAACCUCAGUGUUUCGUUGGAGACGUCGACUCCCUUGAAAGGUGA